AUGAUUUGUUUUGAAAAUGUAAGUUAUCAUCGUAUUUUUAUCCAAAAUAAAUAAUUGUUUACUAUUCAUAUAUCUCGAAUUACUUAAUUAAAUAUAUUAUUUUUGUAUAUUGUAGAGUUGUUGCCAAAAAUUGUUACGAGAAGCCGAAAAGACCAUAGCGAGACAACAUGAACAAUUAUGCGAGUACAAGAAAAAAGUUGAUACAUAUAAUGAAGUGGUUAAUGAAAAAAACAGACUACAAGAAUUAGUCAACGAAUUUGAACAAUGGAAGAAAAAUGUUGAAGUUACUCGUAGGACGACGUUUAAUGAAUUAAAUAAAUCAUUUGAAGAUCAAGGAGAAAAGCUCAAGCUAACCGAAAUCAACUGGCAAUCCAAGUACUGUAAAUUAAAAAAAGCUAACGAUUGUAUAACUAAUCAGUUAAACACUCUGAAAUCAAAUGAACGUAUACUACAAAUCAAGUUAGAGAACUCUGAAAAUAAUUUAACAUGUUUGCAGAAAGAAAUGAUCAGUGUAAAAGUAAACAAUACAAUUUAAAUAUUUUUAAUAAUUCUAACACAAGUAUUACAAAUAUAAAAAUAAUGUUACUUUAUCAAAUAUUCAAAAUAAAAAAAAUUAAACGGUUUUAGUUUUACUGUGAAUGUAUAAACAUCUAUAGAUAGUCUAUUAAUAGUUGUCUUGGCGAUUAUUAUUGAAGGCUAUUGAAGAAAAGUAAAUGGCCGACUUUUCUUAUCAAAUAAGUCCGUGGAUACAUUUUAUUUAUUAAUUAAAUCCAAUAACGAAUUUACUUAGUAGAAUGAAAACUUGAUUUAACAAAUCUAAUUCAUUUAAAAUCUACUACACAUAUAAUAUAUACCUAUAUAUACACGUAUUUAUAUUAUGCUUUAAAAAAUUAAAAUAUAAUUUUAAAUUAUCAUUAUUACAGUAGAAGUUUUUCUAAAAAAAAUUAAAAAUAAUAAUAUAUAGAUUUUGCUGUAAUCAUAUUAACAAAAUGUAAACACGAACCACUUUGAUUUUAAAAUGUGAUCCUUUAAUAGAUUUACAAUAGUUUACACUAUAUAUAGUUAGGUAUAAGGAUUCGGUUAUACUGCUUAUACAUUUGUGGUUUAAAAUUAAUAAAAUUAAUAUUUAUAACAUUAAUUUUCUCUUAUUUAUUUAUUUUAAUAUUUUCAAUAAAUAAAUAGAAAAAUUAUUUUAUUUUUUUUUUUUAGUCCGAGUUGGAAGAAACAAAUUGCUUAAUUCGUAAAUUGAAGGCAAAGUUGAAAAUUAAGGAAGAGGAAAUUUGUGACAAGCGUCAAAAAGUUGAAGAAUGUACGAAAACGUGCAGUCUUUUAAAUGAUGCGAAUAGGUCAGUGGCAAUGGAUUUAAAAUGUAUACAAGAAAAACUGGAUAACUUAAAAUUAAGUGUAACACGUACAGAGGAAAAGUUCAAACUUGAGCGAGAUAGGUUGUCCAAUGAUUUCAUGAUGAAAUGCAAAGCACUGAACGAUUUGGAGGUACGAUAUAAUGAAGCAAAUAGUAAUAUAGACAGUUAUAAAUGUAAAAUUAAAACAUUAAUGACAACACUAAUGGCAUUAAAAGACGCAAGUUUAACAAAAUACAAUGAAAUUAGAAACGUGGUCAAAAAGUUAAUAGAAGAAAAUAAUAAAAAGGAAACAAAAUUAAGCGUUUUGAAAAACAAAAACAAUCAAUUGCAGUGGGAAAACGAAUCCAUUGUUACGACAAUAGAUACCCAGAAAAAAAAACUUCAAGAGCAAGAAUGCCGUUUAAAAAAGUACGCAAUACUUUCAAAGAAAAUGGAUCAAAUGAAACUCAAAAGGAAAAAUUCUUCGAACGUUCGAUGUGGUGAUCAAAUUAAUUUCAAAACAGACGUAUGUUGCGUUUCGUCCGAAAAAAUAAAAUCGAUGGCACCAAUCUGUAAACCAAAAAACUGUGUGACUAAUAACAAUAAUGUUUCAAUGAAACCUCAAAAUGCUCUACUCGAACAAUUAGAUAAAUUACAAAAUGAUGUAAACCAACUUAUACGAAACAUAUAA